AUGCGAAAUAAACGUCAGUUGUCGCUCAUUGAUGUCAGUAUGCGCUUUAUAAAACCAUAUCAGCUGCGUUCUCUCCGGUGCUUCAGCCGGAAAUCCGUUGCGCGCAAUGGCCGCGCAUUGACACACCCAGACGCUUUCCUACUAGAAUACUCGAGCUGUACCAGACGCCUAGGUUACAGGGAACCACCUCCGAGCGCACCCGGACCCCAACCACUACCACCACCCUUGAGCAAGUUAUCUACCGCGAGAUAUUCAACGGCCUCAACCCCUUCGCCAGGUAUUUCACCCAAAGGGCAGGGACAAAGCUCAGGGAUGAGCCAAUACGUUCCCCCGCAGACCGGCAUCAUCGCGUUCCUUCCUCCAUCAUGGGUACCCUACGCAGAGUUAGUGCGCCUUGACAAGCCUGCUGGAACAUACUAUCUCUUUUUCCCCUGUGUGUUCUCCACGCUUCUCGCAGCUACCAUGGAUCCCUCAGUUUCCUUUUUACAUGUCCUUAGCACUACAGGUCUCUUCAUGGCUGGUGCUUUGAUAAUGCGAGGAGCUGGAUGUGCAAUCAAUGAUUUGUGGGACCGGAAUCUGGACCCCCAUGUCCAGCGGACAAAAUUCCGGCCCAUUGCGAGGGGGGCCAUCUCCCCCCGGAAAGCUGUCAUAUUUACUGGUACGCAGCUAUUGGCGGGACUGGGAAUUCUGCUUCAAUUCCCUUACCAGUGCUUAUGGUAUGGAAUUCCCAGCUUGUUGCUAGUUGCGACCUACCCACUUGCCAAACGCGUUACAUACUAUCCGCAAGCUGUUCUAGGGCUUACUUUCUCAUGGGGAGCCAUAAUGGGAUUUCCAGCUCUGGGGAUAGACCUUAUUUCUAAUCCCGAUGCCUUGAAGGCUGCUGCGGCUCUCUAUUCUAGCUGCGUAUCCUGGACUGUCUUGUACGAUAUGAUCUAUGCGCACAUGGACAUCAAAGAUGACGUGGCCGCGGGUAUCAAGUCAAUCGCUCUUCGGCACGAACACAACACCAAGGCUGUGCUUUCUGGUUUGGCCGUGGCACAAGUCGGCCUCCUUGCUGCUGCAGGCGUAGCUGUGGGUGCGGGCCCUGUGUUUUUCAUCGGCACCUGCGGCAGUGCGGCUUUGACAUUAGGCGUAAUGAUUCAAAGAGUGCAGUUAAAGAGCACCCAGAGCUGUUGGUGGUGGUUCAAGAACGGUUGCCUCUUGACCGGUGGAGGCAUUUCGCUGGGGAUGCUUCUCGAAUAUCUUGCCCAGGCCUUUGGCGUUUACGAUAAAAGCGAAGUUGACUCACGAAAUUGA